AAAAUGUAGCGAAACUGAAAAACGGGAAAUAGUAAAUUAAAAAAAAAAAACAAAACAAAAAAAAUACAAUUAAUAAAUAAUUAAAACCUAUAAAACAAAUAACAAAUCUUAAUAAACAUAUUGAAGAGAAAAAACACCACAAAAAUGGGCAAUGUUUGCAGUUCUGGACAAAGCAAGAAAAAAGACAGCAUAUCAGAGAAAUCGGAAGACUCAUAUAAUGUAAAUAAAAACGAUCAACAAGCAGAUAAUGCAAAUGAUAACAGUGAUCAAAGAAAGGCUCCGUUAGCCGAUCCAGAAAAUGUGCCUGAUAUAACAAGUAAUGAAUCGGUUGUUACCGUGAAAGGCAAUGAUUUUUUAGAUAGUCGUAAUAUUGAAAAAUCAGUUCAACUAAAUAAGAAAGAACAAAGCGAAUCAACAACAGUUACAGCACCCACCACGGAGUUGAAUAGUGCGCAGCAAACAGAUGCAACAGAUUCGAAAAAUGCGUGCACAACGUAUUUGUCAAUAUUGCAGGGGAAGCCGCUACCCGGAAGAAAGAUUGAAAGAAAUAAAAAGAUUGUAAUUUAUAUACUGGCUGAUAAUAGUCCUGAGUAUAAAAAACACAAGCGCGUAGUUUAUAGCUUACAGAAGCAGUUGGCAAAGAAAUGCCAGAACAAAGGAUUCGAGAUGUUCAUCUCAGAUGUUCACAAUGUGGAUGUGGGCAACAGAGUUAGUAACUAUUCACGAUUAAUGGAAGCUAGUCGUUGGACUCAUAGUCCAUUGGAGGCACAGGGUGGCCAUGAGGAGGCAGCUAAUUGCCUUUCGGAGAUUACUCGGCACACUUCGUCAGCAUAUGUGAUUCCAAUAUUAUUCUUAGGAUCAUCACUUGGCAUUCCAAUGCUACCAUUGACAAUUGAAAGUCAAGACUUUACACAAGUGCUGACGGCCGCCAAUGAAGAUGAAAAAGUUCUUUUGGAAAAAUGGUACAUUAUCGACAAUUGUUACCAGCCCAUGUGUCACCGCUUAAAUACUGAACUUUGUAAAAAUUAUUCGGCCGCUCAAGACGACGAGCUGAAUCUAUUGUUGGGUGUGCUGCUGCAACUGUUUUCCGACGAUCUUAAGGACUCAUACAUGUCGACCGUAGUCGAACAGGAAGUUAACAAUACUGUUCUUAUGAGCCAGGAACUGGCAAAGCGUUGUAUAUGGAUACAGACCGGCCCACAAUAUAUGAAAGCUCCAGAAAAUGCCACUGCCUAUGACCAUGAGGUGCUUAGACGUAUGUCCAAACUUUACACAGAACUGAAGUCACAUUUAUCAGAGAAAAACUUGAUUCGUAUAUUACCAACAAUGAACAUUUUGGAUGACGAAUUAGCCGUUGUAAUUGAAAAUCUCUUAGAGAAAUCAAUUGGAUCAAUAUUUGAAGAGCACGUUGCCAAAAACAACAUCCCAUAUAAUACAAAUGGAGUCGAUCAUGUUCUUCUGGAAGAAAUUGAAUUAGUAGGACACUAUUCUAAAAUAUUAGCUCAAAACUCACCAAAUUUUGAUAUUAUGAAUGAUAUAAAAAGAUACAUUAAAGACAGUACAGCCCAUCCUUUAGUAGUUUCCGGUCCAAGCGGUUGUGGAAAAAGUGUAUUUAUAUCAAAAAUUGUCGAAAAUAUUCACAGAUGGAAGCCAGAACUUAAUUUAGUGUUGAGAUACGCAAAUCUUGGAGUUAGAUCUUCCGAUCUGGUAUCCGUGUUGGGUUCGAUUGCUAGCCAAAUGUCGGUUUUGGCCUACGGACAUCAAAUAAGAAUGCUUCAUACUCUCGAAAACUAUUCGCAAGUAAUACAGGAUGUUAUUAAAAGCACAAAAUGUUUUUUUGUCAUUAUAAUCGAUUCUGUAGAUGACAUUAUGAAUGGAAUUAAUUUAGAAUGGCUGCCAAUAAAUUUGAGCAGCAUGUGCAAGAUCAUUUUAACCUUGACGGAGCACAACAAUGAGGAAAAUCUUUUGAUUGAAAAACUGAUUGAAACUGGAAUUCCUAAUAGAUGCUUCAUCAAAAUGAAGCAAUUUAGUGAACGCCAAUGGCAGGAUAUUCUAAGUUCUGGUGGUGGAGAUUUCUAUGCUGCAAAUGGGGCCAUCAAAAUGCCACACGAUUGGAAAAUGUUGCAUGGCAAAACACCUUUCCAUGCCAAAUCACUGUGGUGGUUAGCUUGGCUGGGCCAUACAUCUAUUUCAAUGACAGACAUAUCCGAAAUGUUGGGAAAAAUCUUACAGGUUAUGGAAUCAAAAUUUUCUAGCGACCAUUCAGAAAUAUUGAUGCUCAUAUUAUCACUCUCCGAAUGGGGUAUUAGAGAAAGCGAUUGUAUUGACAUAUUUCAUAGAAUAAGCCAAAUUGAUGCGCAGGUCGCAUUUAGGGUUUGGUCGAAAUUUUGUUGGCUCAUGGGCCCAAUGCUCCUAACAAUACGAAAUAUUCGAAUCGCUGAUAAAUCAUUUCGAAAUGCUAUUCUAGCAAAAUAUAAGAGUAAACACGCACAUGUUCACCAAAUAAUCCGGGAAUAUUUUGACAGACAAGAAAACUUUUUCAACGGCCUAAAGGAAAUUACUCCUAUCUACAAUUAUCAAAAAUUCUUAAAGUUGCCUUACCAUCACUUCUGUAAUGUAAUGGAAGAUCAAUCGGGACUGAAUAAAAUUGAAAUAUUAUUCAACUGUUUCUACUUUACUGAACUGCAAUGGAUGGCUGAUAAAGUGCACGCCACUGGUCCGGCACACCUUCUCAGUGACGUAUUAAUAUCUGAAAAGAUAUCGAGCACCACUCAUCAGUCAUACGUGCAUAUUCGUUUGCUUAAGGAUUUUCUUAAAAUGUACAUGUAUGAACUCAACUACGAUGGCCAUCAGUUUUUCACACUUAUAAAGUUCUACAUGAAAUCACGCAUUAGAGAAGAUCCGUCUUUGAAUGAUGACCAAAUAAUUCGGUCAUGGCUUGAAUGUACGAACGAACUGGAGAUACCAUUCCUAGACAUAAUAAACACAAAUUUCGGAGAUGAACUUCAAAAUGGGAAGAUUACUUAUGACGUUAUAGUUAAUUUGCCACAUCCCGGAUUUUUUGCCGCAUCAAUAAGUACAGAGCGUGAGGAAAUUUGUAUAUGGGACGUUAAAAGUUGUUCGCGAGUUCGCGUUCUUCAGGGUAUUCCCCAACCAACAGCCAUGUGUCCAUUUGGUACAUACAAUGCAGCUGUAUUAUGUAGAAGGGAGAUCAAAGUAAUCAAUUUGGAUGAUGGUAAUUUUAAGGUUGCUCUCAAAGGUGUUAUGAAUCAAAAAAUGCCAUAUUUUGGACUACACGAUCAAAAACAUUUGGUUUGUUUAUCACGUAAUCGGAUGUAUGUAAAUCUAAUGAAUUUAGAAUCUGGAGACUGUGUAACUACAUUCAAAGCUGGCGAAGAUCGUUUUCUUAAUUCGCUGCUAGUUUCUGGAGAUGGAAGGAUUCUUGUCUGCGGAGAUGAAACACAAAAACCAUUUCCUCUUUUGGUAUGGCACCUAACGCAGCGAAAACUGCUUUAUGAUUUGCGGAUACCACAUCAUGAUUUUAUUACAUCAUUGUCAGCCAUUACGCAUGAGGGUUCUUACGUUUGUGUGGUUGCAAAAGAAUUGAAUGAGCCUACUCCAAAUUUUAUAGUUGUAUACGAUUUGCAAAGUGGAACAUUAUUUAAGAAAUGGAAACCAACCUGUAACACUGUCUCAUUGGCAAUUUCUCAAGUAAACGCAUGUGUUAUUGCUGGUCUAGAAGAUGCAAAAAUUCUCAUCUGGGACUUGGUAACGGGGAAUUGUCGGUCAACACUCAUAGGACACAAUGCCCCAGUUACAAGCCUUAAAAUCGAUCCCAUGGGUAAAGUACUUAUGUCAACAGAUAAAGAGGGUCGUGAUAAUGCUCUCCGUCUAUGGGAACUUAGUACAGGAAAAUCAUUGGCUGUCUUUAAACCCCCUGGACAAAUUUCAGCAUGUGAAGUUUUACCAAAUUGUACUUAUGUCGUAGUAGCACUGACCAAUAAAACCGAGCUUUUAACAUUAUCAUUAAAUAAUUUCGCUAUGGAUUUAACACCCGACGACAGUCUCUAUGUAUUAUAUGGCAAUCAGGAUAAUCAAAACAAAGUUUUCCAAUUGAAUUCAGAACCAAACUAAUGCAUUAUCUGUUCAUUUGGGUUGAUAUUCGUAAUUAGAUAAUUUACAAAAAAUUCAAUUACAGAUUAUAUAUGUAUGUACAUACAUAUGUAAUCAUUUGCUAUACAAUUCUGAGUUAAAAUGAUAACAUUUCAUUAUGUAACGUAAUGUACGAGCUAAAGGAACGUCAUAUUCUUACUAUCCAUCACUUUCAAAUACACAGCAAGUUUUAGUUUAUUAAUGUUGUAUGUAAAUUAAAUAUAUUAUAUAGAAUUGUGACCAUCGGAAAUGUUACUUUUGAUUCUUCCGUUGGAGUUGCAUAAAUUUGGAAACUCAGAUAAUUAAAAUGCCUUCUGCAUUAUUUUGUUGCACAAAUCUUGCUCGCUACUGUAAUAUUGUAUGGAAAAUCAUAGAUAUUGCACAUUUUCAUUAUGAAUGAGAUCUUUCCUUAUUUUCAAAUAGUUUUUGUCAAAGUAUAACAAAUAGUCCGACUCUUUGACAACAGUACAUAACUCUAUAUACAUUCGUGUUAGUAAAAAAGGUAUCCAACUCUAAAUUAGUAACAAAAUUACACAUGAGAUGGGUUGGUGCCAUGAUUCAACCAUUAGAAGGUAGAAUCACUAGGGAGAGAGUUUAAAAUGCUAUGCCUUGUUACGUCAAAUGAUAGAAAAAUAAAAAACAGAAAUCCAAAAAUACGAAUAAUAACAAAUGAAAAUUGAGAAAUAUUUUGUUUAUAUUUGAAAUACACCGCAGGCUGCACUCCAUUAUUUAAUUUUAUUUUCAGGACAUUUUAUAAAUCUUACGAUAUUUUGUUCAAAUGAACAUUUACACAAACAACAUUUUACACGCAUGUUUCUUCCUAUUUUUGAGAACAUAUUUUGUAGUGAUUCUACCUAUUAUUGUUAAAUUAUGGGUUGGUACCUUUUAAAUUUUCUCGAGGCAACAGAGAAUUAUAAAAAUGUUUAAAAUUUUAAUUUAUAUGAAUUUUCCAAAAAAUGGAACUAUUGUAGUAUAGAUUCUACAAUAAAAAAAAUUACAUGUCAGAAAUUCCAACAAAAAAUUGUUUUGAUUUGUUCAAAAUAUAAACAUUUUAACAAUGAAAGUGUGCUAAAAGUCUUUUUUAAAAAUAUAGAAUAAUAUUUGUUAAUAUAAUAACGUAUAAAAACGUUAUUUACAAAAAAAAUAAAAGUUAAAAUUUAA